AGAUCAUCACCAAUCCUCCACCAAAUUUCACAAUGGGUGCGAGACACUGUGGCUUGAAGGCCUCUCUGGGUCUCCGUCUAACCAUUAGACGACCAAGUGGAGGAUCGGUGAUGAGGAUUGGGGUGCUUCAGCAAGGCUGGAAUCGGGCAGAUUCGUCUUUGUGAAGGACGCAUGAAUCAAGCCAUUUUUCUUCAAAUGUGUUCUGCAGAAGAAAGUAAGUCAUACACACCUGGGAUAUCGUGAGGGUGAGUAAAUAAUGAGAGGAUUUUCAUUUUUGGGUGAACUAUCCCGUUAAUAGAUGUAUAUGUAGCUGAAGUGUUAUACUCAAAUGUAGUUAAUUGAAAGUCAGUAAUUGUAAUCUGGUUACAAGAGUUUAAAUUGUAAUGCGUUACACAAAUAAAAAAGUAAUUCGAUUACAGUACUUUGUAAUCAGAUUACACCCAACCAAAGUGCCGCACACUAAAAACCCUAAUAAUUUCAUCCUACUCAACUGAUUGAGUAAACUCGUUCCCUCAAUUGAAUGGAGUUAUGGCAUCUCCAAAAACUUGAUUUUCAUAAAGAAUGAACUUAACUAUUAAGUUAAGGGAAUUAGAUGCAAGUAGACUUAACACAGAUUUGCUAUUUAAAUUUUGUUAUUUCAACUGAAUAAUUUGAAUUGGCUCAAAUUUAAGUCAUACAAUAACACACUUUAAAUAAUGCAGAUUUUAACUGGUUUUGGUCAAUCAUUAUAUAAAUGUGUUUCUCCACAAGAAGGCAUAAACACCUGUACUUCAUUUGCACAUGCACAAGGACUGAGAGUUAAUUUGACCAAAACUUGACCAAAGUAAACACAGAUCACCUUUAUGGUGACAUCACAUAAAACAGUUAUUUGCUACAACAUAAAUAGCUUAUAACCUCUAUGGAUUCUUAAUAAUAAAUAUUUGCUCCCAUUAGUUCACUUUGACCGUGGAAAUAUAAUCCAAUAUUUCAAGGCUAGGUCAUCUUUUCCAUUUCUCCUAUUAAUCUGCGAUCUCUAUAAAAAAGAUCAAUAUUUCAGAUUCAUAAAUGUAAACUUCCAUGUAUUAAGUGAUAUCAGACCGGUCAUCUGGGUAUUUUGAAUGAUCUUUUCUACCUUUCUUUUCACUUGCGGCCUUCGUGUCUGAAAUAUCGUAAUUACGAGUCCUGAGCAUAUGAAUGACCAAGUGAAGUUGUAUUUACCAAUGGAAAACUCUUUUGUUGAAUUCUUGAUGAUAUCAGAGUUACCGCGUUGCAAUGUUGGAAGGGACGUGUCGACAUGAAGAUGAUGAAAGCGAUGAUAUUGCAAAAGUAUUUAAAUUGUAUUGUUUUAUUUCAAUAUUUUUAAUGACAGAGUUUAUAGACAGCUAAUGUAAGACUAGUGAAUUCUUAAUGGUUUGUUAUAUGCAAAUUAAUUAAUAAUUUGUUACAUACUAUGCAUUAAUAAACCACGCAACGUAAAAGUGAUGCAGGUGUAUUCACUCAUGGUUAUUUACCAGUACAAUAGAAAAACAAGCUUUAGCAGUCUUCCAUUGUGUAUUUACUUUGACUCCAUGUUGUAAUAACAAAUGCCCGACUUGGAAGUUACAGGUGCGUUUUGAGCAAAGAUGAGUGAGCGUUUUCAGUUCAUUUCAAAUCGAGUGCGACGCACUCGAGGUGGAUUGUGGGAUUGACAGCGGUGCAUAGAAAGCGUUGAGGGCGAUCGAGGGCAUCGGAAAAGUUUAAAUUCCUGUACUUUAUGCAAAUGAGGAACAAAGAACACCAGGCGCCAGCCAAUCACUGUGAGCUGAAAGCAGUGACGUCUGUCAUAAGUGUUUAAAAUAUGUCUUUAAUGCUGGAGUUUCUGCUGGAUUCAGUGCUUUAAUCACAUCAUCAUGUUCAUUUCUGACUUCAGACAAUGAUUGCACUCAUCCAUUGUGGCAAUACUUUGACUGGGUAAGCAAAAGUGUAAUAAAUCAACACUGUACAUUGUGGGCAUUCGAAAACUAAGCUGGCAUAUUUCCAACUGUAAUCGCAGAUAUAUAAGGUUAUAUUAUUGCUCGUAUUCUGAAAACAAUGAGAGACAAAACACACUAGCUUUGCAUAUUACAAACACGGCCCAAAGCGGCCUAGCAUGUUGAGUGGCUUUGAGUGAAGUUUUUCCGUGCCAGUGGAAACGUACAGAGAGCUAAUGAAAUAUCUUGAAAUGAAUAAUCAAUAUUUUCUCAUUAAUUUAUUUGUUUGGCAAGUGAUAAACUGAGUAGUCAGAUGGUUAUUUUCACAAAAUAAACACCAAAAGAACUCAGAUGCAAACCGGAGGUGAAUUUCAGAUGUUUCUAGAGACUCCCUAAUUUGUUUCUUCCAUAAUUUCAGCGUAAAUCAACAUUUCAUCAAUUUAAGUUUUUAUUUUGUAGGUAGUCGAGUAUUAUGUUGAAAUAUAUAUAUAUAUAUAUAUAUAUAUAUAUAUACCAAGAAAAAAGGUACUGUUUAAGGUACAAAACCGUCACUGGGGUGUUUUGGGUUCAUAUUUGUACCCUAAAAGCGGAAAGGUACACAAUAGAUACUUAGGGUACAAUUCUAUACCCCCAAAAAAUUUAUAAAUACAUUUUAAGAAUAUAUGAAUAUUAAAAUGCAUUAUUUAGUAUAAAAAAAUUUAAUUCAGUAAACUAUUUAUUUUUCAUAUAGGCAGAUGUGGUUCUUUUGGCCUCCAAACCUUACAGCGAUCACAGUUCACACCUUCAUUGAAGCCACUCCCUCAACAAUUCACCAAUAAAUACUGUGAAUAUUGCCAUCAUCGUACAAGAGAAGAAGUGCUCCAGACCAGCAGGAAGAACUCCAGGUGUAACAACUGAAGAUGGUGAAGAUGGAGUUCGUUAAAGAGGAGAAAGAGGACACGAGCUAUCCAGAGUCAUGCCAAAUAAAACAUGAAGAUACUGAGGAACAAAUAGACAUCAUGAAAGUGAAAGAGGAAAGCCAAGAACCGAAUGAGGUGGUGGAGGAACAUCAGUAUCAGAAGCUGCAUCAUUUCAUAAACAUGAAAGUGAAAGAGGAAAGACAAGAACUGAAUGAAGUGGUGGAGGAACAUCAGUAUCAGAAGCCGCAUCAUUUCAUAAGUGGAGAAAAAUCCUUUUUUAAUUGUGCACAGACUGAAAACAAUUUCUCACAAAACAGAACUGAAACAACAGAGGACAAACACUCUUUCACCUGCUCUCAAUGUAGAAAAAGUUUCGCACGUAAACAAAGUCUUAAGAACCACACAAGAACUCACACUGGAGAAAAGCCGUUUACAUGCCCGGAGUGUGGCAAGAGUUUUAAAUGGGCAAACACUUUCAGAAACCAUGUACGCUCUCACUCUGGUCUAAAGCCUUUUCACUGUGAUCAGUGUGGUGAAAGAUUUCUUUCUGCAUCAGUUCUAAGAAGACACCUGAAUGUUCAUGCUAGACCAUACAUGUGUUCAUGUGGAAAGAGUUUUUCAUCUAAGGGCAUUUUGAAAGGUCAUGAGAAAACGCACACUGGUAUUAAAGAUCAUGUGUGCUGUGAAUGUGGGAAGGGCUUCAUUGCAGCUGGCCACUUGAAAACCCACCAAAGAAUUCAUACUGGAGAGAAACCUUACAAGUGCUCACACUGUGACAAAAGUUUUGCUCAGUCAGUACAAUUGAAAAGACAUGAGAGAGUUCAUACUGGAGAAAAAGUGAACCAGUGCCCUCUAUGUGGAAGGCGCUUCAACCAAUUCAGUGAUCUAGUGGUUCAUAUAAAAAAGCGUUGUCAAUAUAGCGAAGGUCAAAAUGAAUAAUGUAAAUUUAGGUAUACUAAAGAUGUGGAUUGUUCGAUUAGAGAAGUUACUUGGCAUAAAUUACAGGUAGUGGUGUAGUUUGACCUUGUUCACCACAUAAAAUGUAAGAAAAAUUACAGUAUUAUUUAAAACAAAUUAUAGCUACUGCGUUGAUGUGAAAUGCUAUUUUUAGAACUCGAAAUUCAAUUUUAAUAGACCUUUCGCAAACAAGCAUGUAAAACAAAACAAGCUAAAAUUAAUUGAAUAAAGGUUGUUUUUAUGGAACAGUUGUGUGCUGUUCAUUUGGCUGUGUUAAUACCAACAGCAUACAUUUUGCCAAAGGUGUGUGUUUUUGGUGGAAUUUUGAUAUUUCAACCUCAGUUCCUAUAAUACAUCUAUAAUACACUGUGUACACAAAAUAGUUACACUCAGGACCUUAAAGACA